AUGCCGCCCAGGGAAACGGGGCAAGGCAGACUGCUGUCGGAACACAUCGAAAGACUAGUUUCUCUAGUUCCCCAAAAUGCAGCACAUCCAUUGCAAGUUUCUAUCCGUACCUAUUCGCUGGCGGCAUUCCUCUCCCUUUUCCCUUCCCUUCUGCCAUUCCUUACCAACUCCUCGAAAAAGCCGCUCAAGCACGUGUUAUACCGCGAACUUCAUUACACUGGCUUCGCGUUUGCUGUCACAACGGCAGUCGGUGGAGGGUCAUUCUUGAGAGAAGCGUGGAGGACAUUAGAUGAAACGUCAUCCGACAGAGUAGAAUUCACCAAACUGAAGCAAUGGGUUUCUUCGAAACUCUCCGCCGCUCAAAAGACAUUCAUAUCCAACGUCGUUUCAUCGACAGUGGGUCUACUUCUACUCCAGGCCGGUCGACGUCGCUCUACGAGGGUCAAAUCCUCUUCCCAUGACGAAUCUGCAUCGCGGACGCUUGAUCUAACUCUUCUCUUACUUGUCCGCGCACUGGAUGCUGGGGUUCAGUCAUUCGUUGCUCGCCGAUCUGGGAGUCGGAGAGAAAGUGACGCCAAACCCGCCCUCCUUUCCCCUCAACACUUGGCGGCCAUUGCGAAGCGCGCUUCUAUGCGAAUGCAAAUCGAUUCGCUAGUCUUUUGGGCUUGCAGCGCAAGGAUUAUGUGGUGUUUUUUCUACGAACCGGAGAGACUACCUCGCUCAUACGUCAAGUGGAUUAACGCGCUUGCUGGAGUCGACCCUCGUCUGCUGGAGGCACUUCGCGGUCUCCGUUCUCGGACUUGGUCAUAUCGGAAAGGUGUUUCCCAUAAACCCGAUCUACUUACCUCCUAUGCCCGUGAUUUGGGAUACCCGUCUGUCUGGGGUGACCCAUCUCAUCUGCCGGCUUAUGGAGGAGCUCAGGCCAACGAUGCAUGGAAGCGUCUUGGUAUUAGCAAUCGCGUUGGAAUCGGCGGCAUUCCAUGUGAGAUGGUUCACGGGCAUGUUGGGUCAAAUCUAGGCCUCGAAGCCAGUUGCACCGCCAAUGCCUCCCUGCGUGGAGUUAAAGCCUUUUUUGAAGCAGUCGCGAUAUACCUUCCCGUACAAUUUCUCCCAAUCCUUUUGAGUCGACCACGUGCUCUUCUUGAUCCCAAGCGGAUUCUUCAGUCGCUCUUUGGUGCUCUACGAAGUGCCAUGUUCCUCAGCACCUUCCUGAGUAGCUUUUGGUUCAGUGUUUGCGUUACGCGGACAUUAGUGGUCGCUCGCAUGCUCCCAUCGGUCUCCCACGACUUCUGGGACUCUGAACUGGGUUGCAUCCUGGCCGGGUGCAUGGUAUGUGGUAGCAGCAUUUGGAUCGAAAACGGGCGCAGAAGAGGAGAGAUGGCUCUCUAUGUGCUACCCAAAGCUUUGAGAGCGUGGUUGCCUCGAAGAUGGAUCCGCAGCCAGAGCUGGAAGUUGCAAUUGGCAGAACGGCUCACAUUCAUCCUUUCUCUUUCCUCGUUGAUGACUGCGGCCAGCCAUUAUCCUCACGUUCUUCGUGGCUUGUCACGAUGGGGUCUGCGUUUCAUCGUUCGGGGGCCCGAUGUAAUUCUUUGGCGAAACAGUAAUGUUCGGACGCGUUCCGAGGAGAGUAAUAGUGUAUCACCCAGACCAUAA